ACCAGAUGUUACUACCGGAGAGACAUCCACUAACUGUUACCCUUAUACGGCAUCUCCACAAGCGCAAUCAUCAUCUCGGCCAGCGUGGAUUGUUAGCUGUUGUACGGCAGCGCUUCUGGCCUUUACGAGCAAAGAACGUUAUCAAGAAGAUCAUUCACCAUUGCAUUCCGUGUUUUAGAAUGCGACCAUCACGAGCUACUCAGCUUAUGGGGAAUCUUCCGGACUAUAGGGUCCAACCAGCGCCGAUUUUUUCUACAACCGGAGUCGAUUUCGCUGGUCCAUUCCUUUUCAAAUCAUUGACGCAGGCAAGGAAACCCAUGUACACCAAGGGGUAUAUUUGCGUUUUUGUAUGUAUGAGUACACGUGCGUUGCAUCUAGAACCAGUAUCGAACCUGACGAGUGAAGCAUUCUUGGCGGCGCAACAACGAUUCGUGAGCCGUCGCGGUUUGCCUAGUAAGAUGAUAUCUGAUAACGCCACCAACUUUGAAGGAGCGUGUAAUGAGCUUGAGCGCCUAUCGGCACUUUUCAAGGAAGAACAGUUUCAGAAAAAACUAGAUCAGUUUUGUACUCAACGAAGUAUUGAAUGGUCUUUUAUUCCGCCUAGAAGUCCUCAUAUUGGUGGAAUUUGGGAGGCAGGUGUAAAGUCGGUUAAGUCACAUCUUAAGCUGAUUUUAGCCGAGCACAGAUUGACGUUCGAGGAAUAUGCCACGGUACUCUCCCAAAUUGAAGCUAUCUUGAAUUCAAGACCUUUAGUUCCGUCAUCGGAUGAUCCGAACGAUAUCACGGCAAUUACUCCUGCACAUUUUAUCAUCGGACGCGAGUUUCAGGCCAUUCUCGAGCCAUCAUAUGAUUAUUUGCAAGAACUUCAACGCCGACAAAAGGACUACAAGAUCACCCUAUUCAAGCCUGAUGCUCUCGUGUUAAUUGUCGACGAGAAUCACCCUCCUCUUCAGUGGUCAUUGGCACGGAUCAUUGACAUGCAUCCAGGAACCGAUGGUCUCACGCGUGUGGUGACCCUGAGGACGAAAGACGGGAUCACUAAGCGAGCAGUUAAAAAGAUUUGUCUGCUUCCUUUGGAUGGUGAAGAUAUUGGUGACGAUUGAUGUUUAGAAAUCAAGUAAUUUCAAGGCCCCGGGAAGAUGUUACGUCCAAUCAAAACAUUACUCCACUUCGAGUAUACAGUCCACCCAUACAGACAUUUGUAGUCACCCUCACACACAAACACAUACACAUUAUAUACACCAUUUUUGUAAGAACAAUUUUUAUGUUAGAAUAAA